AUGGCCUUGAUACCCUUUGAGGUCGCGAGCACCCACACAUUGCUGCUGGCAAUUGGCUCCCUGCUCGUCUUGACCAGCCUCAUCCUUUACAUCUUCCACAAGCCCGCUUUCCCUAAGAAUGCUCCCAAAGUCACCAACCAUGACAGCAUACCGCUGAUCGGCGCUCUCAAGUUCUUUACUCGGCGCAUAGACUUCAUGAAGAAUGGACAGAGUCACUCUUCCACUGGAAACUUCAGUUUCUACGCCGGUAUGCAUCCCGUUGUCGGACUCUCAGGCAAAUCGGUCGAGCAACGACGCGUUUUUCUUGAGGAUAAGCGAUUGGGGUUCAGCGAGGGCUAUGCUGCACUCCUCGCCGGCGCGCCCGAAGUUAAGAAGAACAACAACAUCUUGGCGGAGAAGAAUGGCGGCGUGGAAAUUUCACAGUACUUCACUACUCGUCUGGUAGCAAUGCUGAAGGGAAAUGUGCUAAGGGACCGCUUACCUCAAUUACUGCAGGAUGCACGCAAGGCCCUGGAUUCUCUGGCCCAGCAAUCAGAGAAGGUCACGAAUCCUUUCGAAUCGAUUUAUCGCAUGGUCUUCCAGUUCACGAUGAGGACGGUGGCGUGCACUGAGAUCGCGGAUGACCCGGUGAAGCUAGAGCAAGUUCUGAAGUUAUUCGAACAGAUCGAUGCGGCCAAUACGCCUACUCAGAUCAUGUACCCUUGGGUUCCAACACCUUCGAAGUUGAAGCGUCUGAUGGCUGGUACAAAGCUGUAUAUGAUGUUCCAGAAAAUCAUCGAUGACCGAAAAGCAUCUGGGCGACAAGAUGAUGAUGCUUUGCAAUUCUGUUUGGAUCACGGAGACAAUGUCACUGAUAUCAUCACCUUCGUGGUUGGAGCAUUGUUUGCAGGACAGGUCAACAGCGGCAUCAACUCAGCUGCGGUCUUGUGCUAUCUCGCCAAUAACACCGAGUGGAUGAAGCGUGUGAGCGACGAAGUCGAAGCGAUCGCGGACAAAUAUGCUCCGAACAAGGACUUGCCACUAAAAGAGCGUCUAAUGCACAUUCCUAUCGAAGCGUGGGAGGGCGAAUUCCACGCAAUGGACUAUUGCCUCAAGGAAACGAUCCGGUUGCAAAUGUGCGGGACCGCUUUCCGGAAAAACUCCUCGAAUUCGGACGUCGUGAUCAACAAGCAGACUGGCGAGGUGAUUCCAGCAGGCUACUACGUGGCCAUGGCCGUCGAUGACAUGCAUCUUAACCCAGACUUGUACCCCAAUCCUCGAGAGUGGGACCCUGCAAGAUAUUCUCCUGAGAGAGCAGAGGACAAGAAGGAGACGCAUGCUUGGAUGGGAUGGGGUGUCGCCCGCCAUCCUUGCUUGGGCAUGCGCUUUGCCAAGCUCGAGAUCAACCUCAUCGUAGCCUUCUUUCUGGCAUAUUUGGAUAACAUACAGUUACUGGAUGAGCACAAGAAGCCCAAGACGCGGACCUGGGAUGUGGAUCGCAACCGUCAUGGUUCGUAUAAGCCUACGGAGACGACUUAUCUCAGGUAUCGGGUGCGACCAGAGUAG